ACAUUCACAUCCAAUAUGAAUCAAACUAAUUCACAAAUUCAAGUUUCUGACUCGACGAACUUGUCGCCUCCAUUAAUUACUAUCCAUUCGAAUUCUCGAGAUGAUAACACCCUUACAGACUCACAAACGCAAACAGCACUGAACUAUCAACCACCUCAACAAACUUCUCAAAUUACACUUGCACAAAUCUUUACUCACCCUAAUGACUUUUUCUAUCGACCACCAAAUGAUUUUUGUCAUUAUUAUGUUAAUUGUAAAGAAAUUUGUUAUGAUACUGUUACACAUUUACUAAACAAAUUUUUAAAAGAACGUAACAUUCAAUUCAACGAAAAUGAAUAUAUUUUUUAUUACCAACAACAAUAUGAUAAUCGAUUUUAUCAAGUAUCAUGCGAAAUUGUUUCUCCUUCUUUAAUUGAUAAUUUUUUAAAUAAAAAUUUUCUUGGAAUUGAACUUCAACAGUAUUUGAACCAAGAGUAUUUAGCAUUUACUUUUGACCAAAAAAUAAACCUUGAAUAUUUUUUAAAGCAAUAUUUAAGUCAAUAUAUAUUGAACUAA